AAACAACCAGUCUUGACAACCGUGGUGAGCAGAAAAGCAUCUCAGAACACACCACACAUUGAUCCUUGAGGUGGAUGGGCUUGUUGUGGAUAAAACAAGCUGGUGUUGUUUUAUCCACAACAAGCUCACGGCUGGUGUGUUUUUUCUAUCUCCAACUGGGCUCAGAGGUAGAUGUGAGUAUUGGCUUCUAAGUUGAGUUUUAAAUGUUUUUGGGUAAUAGGCUAAAUUCGAGCCAACAGGCUACAGUGGCAGAAGACCACAUCGGGUUGCAUUCCCGUCAGCCGAACAUUAAUUGAGGAGCUGCUGAAGACCAGCACUACGAGAACUAAAGAUCACAAGAUCAUCUGCAUACAUAAUAUGCUUCAGAAUAAUAUUUCCACAGAUCAUCGACAGAUCAUCAUUUCGAUAACAUUUCGACAGAUCAUCAAUAAAGAGAUUAAAGAGAACUGGGGUCAAAAUCCCUCCUUGCCUAAACACCAUUGCUGACCCCAAAAGGAGGCUGAAACUUUACAGCCCCGUUUUACUUGCAUGCUCGUAUCAGUAUACACGUAAUCCAGAAUCCUCACAAUGUAUUUAUGCACCAAUCUUAGUCUCAUUAAAGUCACAGAGAUCACACUUUUUCAGGGUGGUGGUGGUUUUUUCUUCAGUUACUGUGGCAACAGAUGGGCUACAGUUCAUACAUAUAUAUACCUAUGUGGCCAGGUGUAUCUGAUAAAAUCCGAACAAAGGCUCUUUCUAGUGUAACAUAAUAUUAAAAUAAGUAUUUCUUUAUAGCAAGUCCAUAAUUUAUUGUCUUUUUGUUAUAAAGAACAAACAGAAGCCACAAUUUAGCGUAACGCUAAUUCAUUUGAAUAGGACUUAACUAAUACUACGAGUCAGUCUAGCCCCGCCCUCUCUGACAGCCGACAAUCGAGGGCGUGGCCUGGAUACAGCACCUGCACGGCUUACAGGUCAGCGGCACGCGCUGGACUCCGGAAGUGACGAGACGUCCAGGAGAGAAGAAGUGAAGUUAAACCGCCCGCUGUUCUUCAGGAAAAUCCUCCAGGUCCGGCACUUUCUUUACUUUUCCAGCAUCUUCUGCAUAUUUGACCGCUUUCCUUUAAACAGCGACUAUAUGAUGUCGAGAUCCGUCUUUUCACACCGAGGACGACUGAGGGACUCGACUCAUACACGACUAUUACACAAGACCCAUAAUCAUGGAGCGCUACAGGCACUUCAUACUGAACCAGAAGCUGGCGGUCGUGUGGGGCGUUCUGCAGGUGGCCUGCGCCGGCUUGUGUGUCGUGUGUGGGUUUAUAGAUGCGGUUUUCCGUAUGGACACGACCCUCAGCGAAACCAGAGCUCCUCUGUGGGCUGGACUGAUCAUGGCUAUCCCUGGCGCGCUCGCACUUUUUGCCUCACAAAGGAAAAACCCCACGCUGGUUAACGUCAUGAUUGUUUCAUCUGUCAUCUCUCACGUCGCCACCGUGAUCGUAUUCGUUUACGCCGGCGUGACGCUCAGCUACGGCGAGGAAGACGACGAACUUUUCCACCCCCGUCACAUCACUGAAGUGAAGUUUGUGCUGAGCCGCUUGGUGAAGGCAGCGAACAGCACCAUGGUGCUCGCUGGAGUCGGCUCGUUCAUCUUCUCCUCCCUCAUCGCGUAUACAGGGUGUCGCAGUCUGCCGCUCUGUGGCUGCUAUGAUUCAGUCACAGGCAUGGAGAUGCUUGUUACUCAGAAUGACCCGAGUGCUUCCGGUGAACUGGUCUGCUCAUGGCAUGGUGGAGACGAGCGGCUGUUUAACUCGCCCGUGUCGUUUAUGGAGCGCUGCCCCGAACAGGAACAGGAACUCUCUGUACUUCCUCCAUACAGCAGACUCACGUAGGCACCGAAGUGCGCACUCCUGAGUGGACACUCGCUGUAAACACUCGCGCCGUUCACUCUCCGUGGAUUUUCGAGCGCUCGGUAAGAACCCUGAAGAGAAGAAGCUCCUGAAUAUCCAGUUCCAUGUUUCCUUGCACUUUCCUUUCUACCGACUGAAGCUCUUACGUGCCAUGUUAAACCUAUGCACUGUGUUUUUAUCAUUUUUAAUUUAUCACAAAAUGCCUGUAUAUAUUGUGAAAUAAACAACUAAUUUUUAAUAAAUAGUUUUUACACAGCUUCGA